AUGUCCAGCAUCCACGAAGUUCUACAACUCCAGACCAUCAAACGUUACAUUAUACUAUUGUUUAGGCAAUCCCAAAAGGGAGAGGAGGAAGUUGGAAAAGCCAUGUUGGAUAAGCUGGGUUGGAGACAAAACCCGGCCCGCGCAGACAGGUGCUGGAAAAAUAUAAAAUGUUCUCUUCAUAGAGUUAAUGUAGCCACUCUAGACACUUACGUUACAUCAUACACAACGACAAGGGCGACGAUCAACUGUCACCGUGAUGACUUCAACGUCCGCUGUGCAACGUGCUUUUACUACCAGAAAAUAACAAAAUUUGUUUUCGAUUUUUAA